CACAUCUAAUUUUAGAGACUGCCUGCGUUAUUGUAGCGCACAGCUGAUUCCCUUAAACAUCGUUCGGUUUACCUGUUAGCUAGUAAGCUAACAUUAGCACAAACCUUACUGCCUCCGAACAUUUAAACAAAAUAUCUGUACUUGGUGCUUGAACAAGGUGUGUAAAAGGUCCCGCUUCUUAUGAUGAAAAGCACAGAAUUCAGAGUAACCAGCAUCACCUGUGCUAAAAAUACUCCCCAAACCGGUAGUGCUACUGGGGCUAACCCAGGCUAACACCGGCAGCUGUCAGGUUCUGUAACACGCCCUGGCUGCAAUUCUGGGAAGAUUUACGAUUGAAAGAUGGCUGAGGCAGUUGCAAAGGUGGCCCGGAGGAUUAACGCAACAGUAGAAGAGGGCAAAGACACUCUGGACUUGUCAAACUGCCAGCUCAUUUCUUUCCCGGAUGGUGUGUUCAAGGUCCUAAGGACUGUCUCAGAAAACAUCUGUGUUAUCACAUUGUCUGACAAUGAGAUGAAGGCCAUAUCUAGCAAGUUCUUUUCAACAUUUACGAAUCUCCGAGAACUUGACCUGCAAGGCAAUGUCCUCACCAAACUGCCCGACAGCAUAGGAGACAUGGAGCAUUUAACAAGCAUCAACCUGGCUAAUAACAGCUUCACCAUCUUCCCUGAUAAACUUACUGAAAUAGCCACACUGGAGAGGAUUGACCUCGAGGGAAAUAGCAUCACUGAAAUACCUCUGGAGAAGUUGGCUUCCAUGCCAGCGCUGAAGUGGCUUAAUGUGAAGUCAAACCCUUUGGACUCUAACACUCAGUCUGCUCUGAAACGCCCUCAUAAAUUUGACAUUUUAUCAACGUCAGAUUCAUAAAGUCAGUCAUAAAACAUGGACUGCUUUUAACUGGAUGCCUUUAACUCCUUAAGGUAAAUGCUUUUGAGUGCCUGAGAGAUGAAACAGAACUACUACAACAUGACAUGAUGCUUUCCAACAAAUAGAAAUCAGGUUUUAAAAAGAUGAGUUGUAUUCUCUUUGGCAACUGCGCCUUGCCAUUACUUUGUUUUUUUGGAAUGGAAAACUGUCAUGCUGUAAAGAAUAUUGGACUUUUGGGGUCUCAGACUUUUUAAAAAAUACAUUAUUUAUUCAUUUUGAUAGUAUAAGAAAAUAAAAAUGGUACACUGAAAGCAAUGCAGUGCUGGGUUGUUUUCCAUUUUCCAUGAAACUUGAAUUUGGAUUAUUCUUGCUAUUCUUUUUUUCUAUUCAACAUAUUGACAAAUGACUGACAUGGUCAAAUAAUUGCUAAUAACCAUAACGGAUUAAAUUUGAAAACAAUACUGUGAAUCUGAUAGCAAUCUAGUUUCUAUACUAAUU